AUGGAGGCGACAUCACGGACGGCUGGAGCUGCGAGUAGAUUUGUCCAAGAUACAACAGUGUCCGUAGUAAUAGUUCUGGUAACUGUCCGCGAUCUCCAUAUGUUAACUGUUUGCGAAGACGAAAAUGCAAAUUCAAAAGAUAUACGGAUGAUUACAUGGGUGCGUGGCAAGUAUACUGCAAUGAUGAUGAUGAUGAUGUUCCUGGUUCACGAUGAAGACGAUGAUGGAUGUUCUCAGUUUUAG